UGAACGCGUCAGGAGCAAGCAGUCAAAAAAGUUAAACAGUCGAAAGUAACCUCUUCGACAGUCGCCCUUGAAAUUAAACCUACUCCUCGAUAUUGUUAUCGUGUUUUGUACACGGGAAAAUGUCUCCAAAACGAUAAGGACAAGCAGCAGCCGAGACGACCUUUCACCUUCGGUUUAGCUAUUCAGUACAGUAGCCGUCAUGGACGGAAGACGGGCAACAGCGUGUCGUCGUCGUCGAACAGGAGGCCCAAUGAAAGAGUGAGACGAGCGACAAGGGGGGAACCGAGCUACUGGGCCUCUAAACAGUUGCGAUGACUCCUGGAGGGCGGACGACAUCAGCCUUGAGGCUUUAGCGACGUGGCACUCCCCCCCCACCCAGGACCACCAUGCAGCAGAAAGGUGCCAUCCAGAUCAUCGAAUGGGAGGACCUGGACAAGAGGAAGUUCUACUCGCUGGGCGUGCUCAUGACGCUGAGCACGCGCGCCACCGUGUACCCGGCCAGCCUUAUCCGCACGCGCCUGCAGGUUCAGAAGGGCAAGGCGCUCUACUCGGGCACGGUGGAUGCCUUCUGCAAGAUCCUGCGGGCGGAGGGCGUGCAGGGCCUGUACCGCGGCUUCAUGGUCAACACCUUCACCCUGGUCUCGGGCCAGGCGUACAUCACCACCUAUGAGCUGGCUCGCCGCUACGUGUCACGGUACUCAUCCAGCAACACGCUCAAGUCGGUGGUGGCGGGCGGGGCGGCGUCGCUGGUGGCGCAGACCAUCACGGUGCCAAUCGACGUGGUGUCGCAGCACCUCAUGAUGCAGGGCCAGGGCGAGCACAGCGGCCGCUUCAAGGCCAAACCCAAGAUGAUGCUGGCGGCCACCAAGCGCAGGCUGACCUUCGGGCAGACGCGGGACAUUUCAGUGCAGAUCUUCGCUGCGGACGGUUUCAGGGGCUUCUACAGGGGCUACGUGGCGUCCCUUCUCACCUACAUCCCAAAUAGUGCACUUUGGUGGCCCUUUUAUCACUUUUACGCAGAGCAACUAUCUCUGAUGGCGCCUCGCGAGUGUCCCCACCUCAUUCUGCAGGCGCUGGCUGGGCCCAUGGCCGCCGCCACCGCCUCCACCAUCACCAACCCCAUGGACGUGGUCCGGGCGAGGGUGCAGGUUGAGGGCCGCUCGUCGGUGGUAGAGACUUUCAAGCAGCUUCUGGCAGAGGAGGGCAUCGGCGCUAUGACCAAGGGGCUGUCAGCCCGGAUCAUCUCCUCCACGCCCACGUCGGUGCUCAUUGUGGUGGGCUACGAGACCCUCAAGAGGCUUAGCUUACGGGACGACCUGGUCCAGUCCAGACACUGGUAGAGGAAGCAAAGCCCAACGCCGCAUUUUACCUCAUGGCAAGAGCUCACUUUGGUCUCUGCAACAAAA